AUACGGCGGACGACGGAGGAAAUAAUAAAGAAGACGGAAAACUAUAACUAUUGAUCUGAGGCUUAACUUUCGAGAUAAAGGAAAAGGGAAUACCAGGACGUUUAGGGAAAAUGUUGCGUAGCUACGGAGUUUCCAAAUCGGCGGUGAUCAGGAAUUUGCCUCGUAAGAAACAGAAACUCUGGAAAUGAAGCAUAUAAGGACAGCCAAACGACAUCGUAGUAAGGUAAAUUUACACUGACGGUCGGGUCAUCAGUUUGGGCUAACGGAACCAAAACCGAGCGCAGCCGCUUUAUCGAUAGGCCUCUCCCGCUCUCUCCUCCUUUCCUCCUCUUAUGUCCUUUAUCCAUAGGCGUCUGCUUCAGAGAAGAAUCAGAAGUUGAUUGCAAGCUGCAGCAACUCCCCUGAACAGUGAGAAACCCAGUACUGAGUUCUAAGGGGAAGAAAAGAAAUGGCUGCGAGAAUAAACUAUUCGAUACAAAACACACUUUCCCUUCUAAACCCUCUACAUUCUUCGAUGAGUACAAGAUCAAUGGUAACCACCCAUUUGAAGAACCGUCUCAGGUUUCCAACAAGCCUAUUCUUUUCUUCUUAUAAAUCCAGAAAGGCUGCGUUUUGCACAGUUGCCAGUAGCAAUAACAAUAGUGCAGAAUCUGUGGCAGCUGAAACAUUCGUCCUCACAACUCCGCUUUAUUACGUGAAUGCUCCUCCGCAUAUGGGUAGUGCCUACACCACCAUCGCUGCUGAUGCCAUAGCUCGAUUUCAGAGGCUUUUAGGAAAGAAGGUUAUAUUCGUCACUGGCACAGAUGAACAUGGAGAGAAGAUUGCAACUGCUGCAGCUGCCAGUGGCUCCAGCCCAAGUGAGCACUGUGAUAUCGUAUCUCAAGCUUACAAGACACUUUGGAAAGAUUUAGAAAUUGCUUAUGACAAAUUCAUUCGAACAACUGAUCCCAAGCAUGAAGCAAUUGUGAAGGAAUUUUACUCAAGGGUUCUUGCCAAUGGGGACAUUUAUCGUGCUGACUAUGAGGGACUCUACUGUGUCAACUGUGAGGAGUAUAAGGAUGAAAAGGAGCUACUUGAUAACAACUGUUGCCCAAUGCAUCUAAAGCCAUGUAUUCAGCGGAAAGAGGAUAAUUACUUUUUUGCCUUGUCGAAGUACCAAAAACUAUUAGAAGAAACUUUGACUCAAAAUCCAAAUUUUGUGCAGCCUUCAUUCCGUUUGAAUGAGGUACAAAGCUGGAUCAGAAGUGGCUUGAAAGAUUUUUCAAUUUCACGUGCAUCAGUGGAUUGGGGCAUUCCUGUCCCUAAUGACAAUAAGCAGACUAUAUAUGUUUGGUUUGAUGCUUUACUAGGUUAUAUAUCAGCUUUGUCAGAGGACAAGGGGCAACCUAAUCUACAAAGUGCUGUUUCUUCUAGCUGGCCUGCUUCACUACAUUUAAUUGGAAAGGAUAUUUUACGAUUUCAUGCAGUUUAUUGGCCAGCUAUGCUGAUGUCUGCUGGCCUUGGCCUCCCUAAGAUGGUGUUUGGGCAUGGAUUCUUGACGAAGGAUGGCCUGAAGAUGGGAAAGUCAUUAGGGAAUACACUUGAACCAAAUGAGCUGGUUCAAAAAUUUGGAGCUGAUGCAGUCAGGUACUUCUUCCUUAGAGAGGUGGAGUUUGGCAAUGAUGGGGACUACUCAGAAGAACGAUUUAUUAACAUUGUCAAUGCACAUCUUGCCAAUACCAUAGGAAACCUCCUUAACCGUACACUUGGACUUCUUAAAAAGAACUGUCAAUCAACUUUGGUGGUUGAUUCAGCUGUUGCAGCUGAAGGAAAUUCAUUGGAAGAGACUGUUGAGAAGUUGGUUGAAAAGGCUCGGGUUCAUUAUGCAAAUCUCUCGCUUUCUUUGGCUUGUGAGGCUAUUCUAGAGAUCGGUAAUGCUGGCAAUGUCUAUAUGGAUGAGCGCGCACCAUGGUCUCUUUUUAAGCAAGGGGGUGCUGCUUCUGAAGCCGCUGCUAAGGAUCUAGUGAUCAUAUUGGAGACAGUGAGGAUUAUAGCAAUUGCCUUGUCCCCUGUGGCACCAAGUUUAUGUUGGAGAAUAUAUGCUCAGCUUGGCUACUCAAAGGACCAUUUUAACGCUGUGACAUGGAGCGAGACCAAGUGGGGUGGCUUGAAGGGAGGUCAGGUCAUGGCACAGCCGAAACCUGUCUUUGCGAGGAUUGAGAGCAUAACAGAAACGGAAGACGGCGAAACAGCAAGGAAGAAAUUAGUGAAAAACAAGGAGAAAAAACGUCAGUCUCAAGUUGUCGCAGAGGCUUAGAAGCCCCAUGUUGAAUUUAUUUUGAACCUUACUAUGUCUUUUUUUAAAGGCUGGUGCUUAUAUCAACAUUAUCGUGGUUGAUACAAAUUUAGGCUAAUAAACUGCUUAACCAUUUCUUCAUUUAGGGCGUGUUUGGCUUUGCCAUUGCAGAUGGCUAUCAAAUGUGCAUGCCAAGAAUUUGAGUAGAAUUGAUAAUUAUUAAUAAAAAUCUGUUGCCUUUUACAAAA